UUCCUCUUCAAGCUGCUGUAUAGCGACAAAGCUGAUGCAAAAGUGGCAAAUUUUAUUAUGAUUAUAUACAAAAAAAUGGAUAUCACAACAUCAGCUUAAAAAAAAAAAAAAAAAACCCGAAUGGCCAUUUGCCUCCACUCUUCCACUAAGAGCAAUAGCCAUUUGGAAACAGAAUCAUUACAUCAUCCAAUCUGACCCAGGUUUUGGCGUUUUACUGUUCCUGUUUUCCACUGAAUAAAGGAGUUCAGACCUUAAAAAAUAUCAACCGCUUGUGUGUGUGUGUGGAUUAUGACAACACAGAAAGUCCCUGCUAUUUUCACUCUUGCCUUUUUCCUUUUGUUUGGGCUGAGCAGCCAUUUUUGCAAGUAAAAAUGUCAACUGGAACUAUGCAUUUCAGUGCGCUGCAGUUGGUUGAGUGCUUCAAAAUUUUUAUGCUUGUACCACAAAAGAAUGGCGCCUGCUAGCCUCUACCACAAACUCUUUUGUUUGUCACUUUGUCUCCUUCCAAAAGGACAUCCAAUUCUGGUUGAGUUGAGAAUCUACUCAUCUUCUACUGAGUCAUUUUUUCUCUUCACAAAUUAUAGCUUCUAGUGAAUGUUUUCUGUUGUACUGAUAUUUCCACUUCCACUCAAGCCUCACCCUGCAAUUUCAAAAGACUUGGGCAUUCUCAUUCUCAACGCAAGGCUGCUUCUUGUUCAUGUUUUCUAUAUGACUGUCUAUCAUUAUCAAGGAGCUUUUUCCACAUACGCAACAUGGUUUUCAUAGGGGCAUUGUUCAUCUUCUUACUUCAAUACCCAGCUUCAACAUGCAGUCUCACCCAUCCAAGGCAUCACCACUUUUCUCACUCUCUUCUCACAGAUAAGGCUGCUCUUCUGGAAUUCAAGAAAACCAUCAUAUUUGAUCCACAUUCCACACUCUCUAACUGGGAUGAAGCUGUUCAUGUGUGUAAUUUCACAGGUGUUAAAUGCGAUAAAUUUCAGCACCGAGUUACUGAACUAAUCCUGACUGAAACUCAUCUUGUGGGGUUGCUUUCACCCUUCCUUUCCAAUCUCACUGGACUGCACAUCCUUGACAUAGUUGACAAUUACUUAUUUGGCAUUAUCCCACCAGAACUAUCCUCUCUUAGACGUCUCCAUCGGCUCCAUCUAGAGGGGAACAAUUUGCAUGGUUCCAUACCAGACUCCUUUUCCCAGCUUUCUAAACUUAACGUGCUGCACAUCAAAGACAGUAACAUGAGUGGUUCACUUUCUCCAUCUCUUUUCUCCAAUUGCACACUGGAAAUUGUGGACCUUUCUAGCAACUUCCUCAAUGGUAAGAUCCCAGAGGAGAUUGGAAACUGCCCAGGUCUGUGGAGUCUCAAUCUAUACAACAAUCAAUUUACUGGACAGAUUCCUCUCUCUCUUACUAAUCUGUCACUUGUAAACUUAGAUGUAGAGUACAAUCUAUUGUCUGGAGAAUUGCCCUCAGAGUUUCCAAGCAGCUGUUCUGAUCUUCUUUACCUACAUUUGUCAUACAACCAUCUGGGCACUGAGCUAGAUGGAAAACCAGCUAGACGUGAACUGAUAAGCAACUUCCCAAGAAUCACAUACAAGGAACUGUCGGAGGCCACUGGAGGAUUUGAUGAUCAGAGACAAGUAGGAUCAGGUAGCUAUGGACACGUCUAUAGAGGCGUUCUUCCAGAUGGAACCCCAAUAGCAGUCAAAGUGCUGCAUUUGAAGUCUGGAAAUUCCACCAAGAGCUUCAAUAGAGAAUGCCAAGUUUUAAAGAGGAUUCGACACAGGAACCUGAUAAGAAUUAUCACUGCAUGUAGUCUACCUGAUUUUAAAGCUCUUGUUUUGCCUUAUAUGGCCAAGGGGAGUUUGGAGAGCCGUCUCUAUGCUUCUCCUGGAUCUUCUGACCUGAGUAUCAUCCAGAGGGUGUAUAUUUGCAGCGACAUCGCUGAAGGGUUGGCCUAUCUGCAUCAUCAUUCUCCAGUCAAAGUCAUUCAUUGUGAUCUAAAACCAAGCAAUGUUCUUCUUAAUGAUGACAUGACAGCUGUAGUUUCGGAUUUCGGGAUUGCAAGGUUAAUUAUGAGUGUGGGAGGAGGAAAUACUGGGUUUAAUGAUAACAUGGGAAGCUCCACUACUAAUUUAUUAUGUGGAUCUACCGGAUACAUUGCACCAGAGUACGGAUUUGGAUCAAAUACAUCUACAAAAGGAGAUGUGUACAGCUUCGGUAUUCUUGUUCUUGAGAUGGUGACUAGAAAAAGACCAACAGAUGACAUGUUUUCUAGAGGCUUGAGCCUUCACCAAUGGGUAAAAAUUCAUUAUCAUGGGAGGUUAGAAAAUGUGAUAGACCCUGCUGUUGUUACUGCUUCAAGAGAUCAGUCAGAGGAGGUGAAAAGAAUGUGGGAAGUUGCAGUUGUAGAGUUAAUUGAGCUGGGGAUCCUUUGCACACAGGAAUCACCUUCUACAAGGCCUAGCAUGCUUGAUGUAGCAGAUGACUUGGAUCGUCUCAAGGGAUACCUUACUGGGGACACAACUAGAACUUUUGCCUCGUCUCUCGGAAUUUUAACUUCUACAAGGCCUAGCAUGCUUGAUGUAGCAGAUGACUUGGAUCGUCUCAAGAGAUACCUUACUGGGGACACAACUGGAACUUUUGCCUCGUCUCUUGGAAUUUUAACUUCUACUACAGAUGAUUUUUAA